AUGAGUACGACAACCAAACCACAAAAUACAAAGAACAAUGCAAUAAAACGUAUUAUGAGAGAUCGCAAGGAAAUUUACAACACUCCAAUACCGGGGAUUGGGGUUGAUUGUCCGGACGAAAGUAAUCCAUUUAUUUUUCAUUGUAACGUUUUGAUUAAUGAUGGUCCAUAUCGUGGAAUUAUGAUUCAUUUAAUCCUUCAUAUACCCGAUGAUUAUCCAAUGACAGGACCAGCGGGCAAUAUUGCACCUGGAUUAGAGUUCGAUUCACGUUACCAUGGCCACAUACAUCGUGACGGAAGGAAUGGACAUGCCCUUUGUAAUGAUCUUCUGACAAACUAUGCGUCAUAUUUUCAAGCGGUAGAUCAUGGUGGUGCCAAAACAGCUAGUGGAUGGAGCCCCGGUUAUACAUUAUCAACAGCACUUUUGCAGAUUGUAACGUUUUUCGCCGAACCAGAUCUGAUUCAUCCUGCGUCUCUAAACAGUAUUGAUCAUUUGCAUAACAUGGUGAAAACAUUUAAAUGUGUUGAUUGUGGUCAUUGUUUCGAAAAACCAAAUCCGCCCGUUUCAGAUUAUACCACAACAGCUGCUGACGAACAAGAAGAAGCACAAACAUUGUCGAAAGAAGAAGAACAAAGAUUAGAAAAUGAACGUAAGCGUGUAGCAUUUGAACGUGAAUUAUUAGAAAAAUUAACAUGUGGAGUAACAAAACAAAAUAUAAAAGACGAUAAUAUUUGUCUUGGUUAUCCACUGCUGAUUACCCGUGACAAGUUUGGACGAUUAUGGCCAGAAAUUAUUUUAGAGCUAAUCUCGUACGAUGCAUACGUAUCUGAGAUACAAAAAACUGGACAACAGAAAUUAGACUACUAUGAACAUUCUAAAUUUCGUUCAGUUACGGGAAAAGAUUAUAAUCAUUGGCUUCCCAUUUACAUUAACGAUAAUCAUUUUGAACGAGGUCGAACAAUAAUACAAAACAGUAUUAGUGUUAUUCAUAACGGCACUGCGCAAGGUAGUCAAAAAUUUGAUUUUGUACCUCGUAUGGCACUAAAAGUGUUAACAACGCUAAUGAAUAAAGCAAGUGUUCAAUUGUUCAAUGGACAAAUGUACGAAAGUAAACAUGCUAUUGAAUCGUUUUGUCAUUUUUUACGUUUGUUGAUGCAUUUUAUCGAUACCUAUCCGGAACUGGAUAAUGAAAUAAAUUUGACUAUUGAAAAUUUUAAGAAAAAUUUACAGAGUCGUAAUAAGAAGGUUAUUCCAGAUAUAGGUGAAUUUUUAUUUCAAAUAGCCUUAUCUACAAAAUAUAAAUUAAACGAUAUCAAAGACUAUGUCUAUGAAGAGUAUUUUGCUCGACAAAUAUAUUGGAUUCAGCGGAAUGCUAAUGUUCCAAAUCUGUUAGAAAUACAAGCAAAACAUUUGCCCGACAUAUUCAAAGCCACCAAAGUAUCCAAUCAUUUAUUAGUAUUUAAUCUAGAAAUGACUGAAACAUUCAUAUUUUCUGGUGUAAAACAACGUCUUGAUAAAUUAUUUGGUUAUCCUCCUAAGAUUGUUAUUGAAAAAUUUCAAAAUCGUUUAAAAGCAAUAAAAACCAUUGAUAAAUAUUCUGAUUUUAUUGAUGCUAUUAAAUUAAAUAAUUUGAUCACAUGUCCAGAUGAUAUGUUAAAUCUUAUUAGACGUUCGGUAGACAUAUCCAAUAAACAAGGUUAUACAAAUAUACUAACGAUUGCUGAGCAACAAGAUCAAGCUUUUGAGCUACGACAAAAACAAAAUCAACAACAAAAUACAUAUUAUAGUAAAGGAAACAAAUAA